AGACAGAUCGAGAUAAAAGAACAUAUAGAACAGAAAAGUUGAACUGUACAACGUGCGUUUCUAUUGAGUUUGAGGAAACGCCUCGUAGAAUUCAAUUCAACUCACACGCGAUCCUUAUUCACAAUCUAAUUCAUUCUUAAACUCACUUUCUUUCUACUUCAUCGUUCGUACCUUGUCUGCUUCUCAUUAACACCAUCAUGUCUGACGCUUAUUGGAGAUACGCCGCCGAAUCCCAGCAGCAGCAGCAACAGCCGCAGCACGCCCCCCCUGCCAUCACCGGCAAACGUCCCCGUCCCGAUUACGAUGUCUCCGGCGUUCAUAACUUGGCCAGUUACGUACCCCAUGACGAUGAUAGAGGAAGGCUCCAAGUAAUUAGAGAUACUGAAACCCUCGAUGCAUCCUAUGAGCGCUAUCUUCGUAGUGCGGUUUCAACUUAUGGUUCGGCACCGUCUAGUAGACCCAUUGAAGGGGGACUUCCCAGUCAUUCUAUUGAUGAUUCUCAUGUUGCAAGUAUUGGGGGAGUAGACCGAAGACCAAAUGUAAAAGACCAAAUCUUGGAAUUAAGUGGUGGAAGGCCCGACCAUUCGCUUCCACCCGGUGCUACCAAUACACUAUUUGUGGAAGGUUUACCUUCCAACUGUACAAGACGGGAAGUAGCUCAUAUUUUUCGUCCUUUUGUUGGCUACAAAGAAGUUAGACUUGUCAGCAAGGAGUCAAGACAACCUGGGGGUGAUCCACUGUUACUUUGUUUUGUUGAUUUUGUAAGUCCGGCUCAUGCAGCAACUGCCAUGGAUGCAUUGCAUGGUUACAAAUUUGACGAGCUUGACCGCAACUCUGUUAAUUUACGAUUCCAAUUCGCUCGCAACCCUGGUGCUAGGUCAGGAGGCGGACAUCGUGGCAAGCGUUGAAUUAUGCAUUCUACAGGAAUCGCAUGUUUGGGGAGGUUGUGUUUACGAGAGGCAAGUGGUCAACCUUGCAAUCGAGAAUUACAAUUGUUUUCGUUAGAAUCAAGUUGAACCUUUUGAAUUUCGUCUGUUAGCACGCUCGCUUGAGAUUCAGACUGCGCAUUUGUACUAGAAAUUUGUCUAAUUUAUUUAAUAUAAACUUCUCUGAACUGUCUUGUUUGUUACAAGUUCAAAUCUUGAAAGUGUUUUACUGUAGUUGCGAAUAUAUGAGAACAAGAAGCAUGUUUUCCAUGAAUGUUUCUAGUGAGUCUUUUAGAUAAUUAA